AUGGACUCAACAGCUGAAGGAACCACUGCACCCGACCCGAAUAUUGGAGAAUCGGGUCCAUCAGCAGCAGCAGCAGGAUCAUCUUCAGCAUCAGCAUCAGCAUCACUGCCACAACACCAACAUCAGCAGCAGCAACCAGAGGGAUCAUCACCUCCAGCACCACCUAGUAGAUACGAGUCGCAGAAGAGAAGAGACUGGAACACUUUCUUACAGUACUUAAAGAACCACAAGCCACCAUUAACUCUAGCUCGUUGCAGUGGUGCACAUGUGAUCGAGUUCUUGAAAUACUUGGAUCAAUUUGGUAAGACCAAAGUCCACAUAACUGGUUGUCCUUAUUUUGGCCUCCCGAGCCCUCCGGCACCUUGUUCUUGUCCACUAAAGCAGGCUUGGGGUAGCCUUGAUGCGCUAAUCGGACGGCUUAGAGCUGCUUAUGAAGAAAACGGUGGACGGCCAGAAUCAAACCCUUUUGGGGCUAGAGCUGUUAGGAUUUAUUUGAGGGAAGUUCGAGAAGGUCAAGCUAAAGCUAGAGGGAUUCCUUAUGAGAAGAAGAAGCGAAAAAGGCCUAAUGUUGCUGUUGCUGCAGCGAAGGUGUCGGUGGAGGCAGCUGGUGGUGGCUCUACUAGUGGUGGUGGAGAGGGAAGUGGUGAUGGUGAUAGUAGUGCUGCUGCUGCUGCUGCUGCUGCAAGUGCUGCCGCUGCUACAACAACCGUAUAG